AUGUCGUCGUUAGAUUUUAAUGUUGAGGAAGUUCAAAAUUAUUUUACUGACGAUUUGUUUUCAUCAAAUUCCUAUUUUUUUCUUGAAGACACAAAUGAUCUAUUUAAUUUUGAUUUUGAAGACAAAAUAGUCGAUAAUAAUAAAGAUAUUUUAGUUGAUAAAACGAUUGGUAGUAAAUCAAUUGAUGAUGUAAUAAAUAAAUAUUAUAAUUCAUGUGAUAACAAGUUAAUAAAGGAUAUUUUUAUUGGGUAUGAAGAAACUAAAAAUGAAGAAAAAGAUGAACCAAUUAACGAGGAACAAGAUUUUAUAAAUGUGUAUCAUUUUUUUAAAGAUUAUAUUUGUGAUCAAUUAACUGAUGAUCUAAGUGAUUUGUUUUCCAAAUUAAAUAAUAUUCUGAAACAAAAGAAGUAUGGAAAAUCGAAUGAUAAGAAAGAAUAUAAAAAAAUAGAUACACAUUUUCUUGCUGUUUCACUAAAAUUUUAUUUAGAAGAUAAAUUAAGUAAAGUUGAGAAGAUAAUCGAAAAAUAUGAUAUAAACAAUUUGACAAUCAAAUAUAAGGGAUAUAGUAAUAAAUUACAUAUUUUAACAAGAAGAUUAGAAAGAUUCAAAAAAUAG